UUUGUCGAUUCGGUACCGAACGAAACUUCCUAAUGAUUUGGCAAGUUGUGAGAAAGUGCCUAAUAAACUAAUGCCAUUCACUUUCUUUUUGUAAAAAGUAUACAAUAAUCCCAUUAGAUUUUAAUAUAAACACUACUUAUAAACUUUUACACUAUCCAUCAAUGUUUUGAAAAAAAUAAGAAGUCUCUUCUAGGAAGUGAACGUGAAAAACGUUCGCACAAUGUCAAACGCGUCGGUGAGCAUAAAGUUCCGGUGGGGCCUGACGCCCUCGGACCCGGAGCAGCAGCCGGUGCUGAUCGUGGGGCAGGCGAGCCACCUCAACACGCUCACCUGGGACGAUGUCAGGUGCAAGCUGGAGCCCAGGGUUAGCGAGGAGGCCUGGCGCCGCGGGCUGCAGUGCAUGUCGGGCCCGGGCGGCGACUCGUGCGAGCUGUGGCCGCGCGCGGCGACGCUGGCGUGGCUGCCGGCGCGCCGCUCGCGCCACGCCGCGCCCGCGCGCCCGCACGCGCUCGCCAAGCUCGUGCGCGGCACGCAGCGGAACUCCGACGAGAGCAUUGUGCUGGUGUGCCGCAAGCGCGACUGCCUGGCGAGCGCGGUGAGUAUCGCGCGCUCGUUCCCGCAGUUCGCGGCGCGCUCGGCGGCCGCGCCGCCCGCGCCCGCCGCGCGCACCGUCAGCGUCGAGAUCCUGCUCGUGCACGAGGACAAGGCCGGUGGCGAGUCGGAGGACGAGGGUGUGGGCAGCCUGGACCCCGCGCUGUGCGACAACGCGCUGUCGGCCGAGGAGCUGAGCACGCUGCAGGACGCCGCCGACGCCACGCGCCUGGCCGCCAGGAUCACAGACACGCCAGCCAACAUCAUGGAUGUCGACAAGUUUAUUGAGGAAGCGUUCCAAGUAGCCAAAGAGCUGGACAUCCCCGAGCCCACGGUGAUCCGCGGCGAGGAGCUGCGCACGCGCGGCUUCGGCGGCAUCUACGGCGUAGGCCGCGCCGCCGCCUGCCCGCCCGCGCUCGUAGCGCUGUCGCACUGCCCGCCCGGCGCUACGGACGCCGUGGCCUGGGUCGGCAAGGGCAUCGUCUACGACACCGGCGGCCUCAGCAUCAAGGCAAGGGCGUCCAUGGUGGGCAUGAAGGGCGACUGCGGGGGCGCGGCGGCGGUGCUGGCGGCCUUCCGCGUGGCCGUGCGCGCGCGCCCCACCGUGCGCCUGCACGCCGUGCUCUGUCUGGCCGAGAACGCCGUGGGGCCGCGGGCCACCAGACCUGACGACAUCCACCAGCUUUACUCGGGGCGUACUGUGGAAAUCAACAACACCGACGCUGAGGGUCGCCUGGUCCUCAGUGACGGUGUGGUCUACGCUUCCCGGGACUUGAAGGCCGAGACGAUCGUAGAUGUCGCUACGUUGACGGGAGCCCAGGGCACGGCGACGGGCAAGUACCACGCGGGCAUCGUGUCCAACAGCGCGCGGCUGGAGGCGCUGUGCGUGGCGGCCGGCCUGCGCUGCGGGGACCUGGCGCACGCGCUGCCCUUCGCGCCCGACCUGCACUACUGCGAGUUCACCAGCGCCGUGGCCGACAUGAAGAACAGCGUGGCCGACCGCAACAACGCGCAGCCGUCGUGCGCGGGGCUGUUCAUCCUGUCGCACCUGGGCUUCGAGUUCCCGGGCCGCUGGCUGCACGUCGACAUGGCCGCGCCCGCACACUCCGGCGAGCGCGCUACGGGCUACGGCGUAGCGCUACUGUCGGUCCUGUUCGGCGCGCACACACAGUCGCGCCUGCUACGCGCGCUCGCGCCCGCUCCCGCUAUUGGAUAACACCACGCACCAACAACUAUGCAUGUUAUAAGGUUCAGCGUUUAUUGAAGUAGAAGACACCAGAUAUACAAAAAACCACCAAUAAGCUAUAUUACAAGAACAAUGUACCUUGCAGAACUACCUCUAAAAGACAAAGUGGUAUUAUUUAUCAUAAUAAUACUCGAAUGACCAAGUGUGCGAUCCCCGACGGCUACGGGCUUAAACACUGCGUGUCUUAUGAACCUCUUAGAGUUAGUAUGACUUUAGCUAUUUGAAUUGGGAAUGUAAGAUAAUGUUACCCUCCUUUUCUGUCAGUCGGAUACAAAGAGAGAUCAGUAUAAUCGUCGCGGACAGAAAACAAUGCCUUAUAAUGUGUUUCUUUCAUUUUAUAACUUAAUAUUAGUUAAUCAUAGUUCUAAGCAUAAUAUUUUUAUAAAGGGAAUAUCAAAGAAAGAAGGUUUACCGUUGAAUGGAGUUUAACGUUAGAGAGUUUGAAUUAAAGGCCAGAGCAAAAGGUGGAGAAAUGUUUGCGUAUUCUACUAUUCGUCAAACCAUAUUCAUCGGAUCUUUCGCUCACCUUAAUUGUCUUAAGGAACUACCUUAAUAAUGUCUGUAAGGAAACAUUAAAAAAGAACCUUUAUCUUUAAAGAGCAAGGUCUGAGGGAAAUGGCUUGCUCACCCUUAUAUUUUAAUAGUUUAUCCACUAGUUCCUGUCUCUAUUGCUCUGGUUAAAGUAUUAAACUCAGAUAAACGUCAAACUACGUUUAGCGGUAAACCAAUCAUAUUAUGCCUUUAUAUUUAGUCGAAUUCGAUUAUAAUUGUGUGACUUAGUAUUGGAUUUUAUAAAGAUAUGUUGUCAAUUAACAAAUUAUGAAUCUAAACCAAUAUUUAACUUGUUAGCUGUAGAUUAUAUUACACUGAAUUAGCAAGAUUAUAUGGGAGUAGUUUAAACCAGGUUCAAUUUAACUUUGGGACCUUAAAUGUCUGUUUGUAAUGUUAUUUACACCUUAAAGUAACAGUCCGAAAAACGUCUCAAAGUUAGGAUUUAAUUGUUAUUAUACAGGUUGUUACAAGAAUAUACUCUCAAAAAGUUGCUGAGUUUGCAUUUAACCAUAAUGAAUAAAGACUACAUUACCACUGUUACUUGAAAUGUUCACAUUUAUAACAACCUGUAUAAAGAUAUCUUUAAGCUAAGCAAUGAUAUAGUUACUAAUCACGCCUUACUAGGGUUGUCAAUAAUCGGAGACAACAAUACAACACCAAGGUAACAUUAUUGCCACUAUAGUUCAAGUGCAAGAAAGAGAUAGUGUUAUCUAAAAUAUAACUUCAUCUCUUUCCGUUACUGAACUUUCAUCAUUGGAUUUGUGAAGCAAAAAUGAUUUUUAUUUUUAAUGAAAUGUCACAGAUGUUUGACAGCCCUAAGUAAGGGCACCACCACACGAAAGCUAUAACUAAAGCAAUAAUGUACAAUAAUAAUAAUGUUAGAGUUAUUUGCAUUUCUGACAAUAUAAUAUAAAUACCGUCCGCUAUACACUUAUUACAACAGAUUAUAAAUACUUACAGCAAAACUAAGGAGGUUUUAUUCUCCUAGAUUCUAUUUCUUAAUGUAUGCAACAUCCAAUAAUCAGUUAUUAUGUUUUUCAAGCGUUAACUCUAAUGGAAUUGCUCAAAUGAAUGGUAAUGAUAUUUCUCAUUGAUGAGUAACUAGCCAGCUGUAAUUUUCAAUAUAGCUGGAUAAGGCGCGAAAGACGUUAUAUUUUCUUACGUUUGAGGAGUUCUAAAAACAUCUUUGCUUGUCAUAAUGUGUCUGGCUUAUAAGCUCAGAUGAUGCAGCAAAUUACCAUGAGCUAAUACAUUAUCCUUAUUACUAAGAGUGAGUGAAGCUAGCUUUGUACCUACGCAACUUAACAAUGAAUAAGUAUAUGAAAAUAUAAUCUGUUGUAAAACCAAUAAUGUUCUAUAAGUUUAUAAAUACUGUUAAAUAUGCUAGUUACUCACCAAGCAAUAUACUUAAUAUAUAGAGUUAUAUUUGUCUAUUGUUGUAAUGAUUUUCUGAAUUUAUGUAUUUCAAGCAGUGUGGAGCUAGAAUUAACUAAGAAAUAACUAAUGUCAACCAAACCAGAAGUCAUAGGGCCUGUUUCACCACCGCCACAUAAGUUCCCGUUAAAUUGACAGAUUUUUCAUACAAAAAAUCAGUGAUUGUGAAACAGGCGCUAAGUAUUUCUUUACGCCCUAUAAUUAAUAACAGGCAUUCAAACCUAACUGCAAUAAUAAUGUUAACCUGCCGAGAUGCUAUUCAUUUGGAACACAUUUAGUAUAAGCGAAAAUGUUAACUUUUUUGAAAUAAAAUGUAUUUGAAUAUAA